AUGACUGGCCGUAUUCACUUAGCCAUAGUUGGCGGCGGCCUCGCCGGAAUCACUAUGGCUAUUUUCUUGCAGAAAUUUCCGCACCUGAGCGUCGAGGUAUUCGAGUCUGCGCCUGAGUUCUCGGAACAAGGCUUGGGAAUCGGAUUAUCUGAUCUCGCACUUCGUGCGUUUGAUGAGAUCAUUCCUGCUGUUGCCGAGUUUCUGAAAUCAAAAGCUGGCGCGGUCGCCAUUGGCGCUUCUCGCGUUGUAAUCGGCUCGGGAUCCGGCGUCGGCACUGUCGUUGCUGACCUUGAAGGCGAUACGGGACUGGCAAUGAACCGUGCUUCUAUGCUAAAGGCGCUGCUUGAACUACUGCCAAGUGAGAUUCUUCAUGCUGGGAAGAAGCUGUUAGCAUUGGAACAGUCUGAUUCUGCCUUGCAGCUUACUUUCCAGGAUGGCGUCACUCUCAGCUUUGAUGCUGUUAUCGGGGCCGAUGGAAUAUUCAGCUCUGUGCGGAAACAUGUCCUAGAAUGUCACCCAGGAGAUCACACGGCCUCCCCAGCAGGUUGGUGGGAUUCCAGGCACGCAGUGCCAGUUGAGAAGGCAAAAGCUAUGCUCGGAGAGGAGUCGUUGGAUAUUGAUCGAGAGUACGCUUGGGCUGGGGAGGAUGCAUUCAUGAUGCAUGCACCCGUGGAAAAUGGGACAAUGAUUCAAUGCAUUAUAAGUGCGGUUGAGAAGGACCAUAACCUGGCUCGCAAGCGGCCGCUCACGAGAGAGCUUAUGCUAGAACAAGAAAACCCGAGAGAAUAUUCUAUGUGGGACCACAAGUCUACCCCAGCAUAUGCACGCGGUCGAGCCUGUAUCGUUGGAGAUGCCGCACAUACGACGACCCCCUGGCAAGGUGCUGGCGCCGGGCUGGCUAUCGAAGAUGCCCUAGUCCUCGGGCAUCUACUGAGCAACAUCUCGUCUCCUCAAGAGAUAGAAGAUGCAUUCAAGGCGUUUGAUCAAGUCAGAAGACCUAGAUGCCAGGCAGUAAUUGAUUCGGGGCGAGCCACAGGCCGGCUGUUCUGCGGCCAAGACCCAGAUGUCGGAUUAAGCGCAGAGAAGAUGGGAAACGCCCUAGGGCCGUUAUUUGCUCAUUUAGAUACGCUGAGUCUGGAUUCACAUAAAGAAGCUGCAUUAAACAAUCUCAAAGCAAUCCAGGCCAAUUAA